UGUAGCAGGCGGGCCCCCGCGCGGCAGCGUCCAGGACCCGCGCGGCUCCUGGGGAUGGUGAGCAAGGCGCUAGUGCGCCUCGUGUCUGCCGUCAACCGCAGGACGAUGAAGCUGCUGCUGGGCAUCGCCUUGCUCGCCUACGUCGCCUCUGUUUGGGGCAACUUUGUUAAUAUGAGGUCUAUCCAGGAAAAUGGCGAAUUAAAAAUUGAAAGCAAGAUUGAAGAGAUUGUUGAACCACUCAGAGAGAAAAUCAGAGAUUUGGAGAAAAGCUUUACCCAGAAAUACCCACCAGUAAAGUUCUUAUCAGAAAAGGAUCGAAAAAGAAUUUUGAUUACCGGAGGUGCAGGGUUCGUGGGCUCCCAUCUAACUGACAAACUCAUGAUGGAUGGCCAUGAGGUGACCGUGGUGGACAACUUCUUCACAGGCAGAAAGAGAAAUGUGGAACACUGGAUUGGCCAUGAGAACUUCGAGCUGAUUAACCAUGAUGUGGUGGAGCCCCUCUACAUAGAAGUUGACCAAAUAUACCAUCUGGCGUCCCCAGCCUCCCCUCCAAAUUAUAUGUAUAACCCUAUCAAGACACUGAAGACCAAUACAAUUGGGACAUUGAACAUGUUGGGAUUGGCAAAACGCGUGGGCGCCCGUCUGCUCCUGGCCUCGACCUCGGAGGUGUAUGGAGAUCCUGAAGUCCACCCUCAAAGUGAGGAUUACUGGGGCCACGUGAAUCCGAUAGGACCCCGGGCCUGCUACGACGAAGGCAAACGUGUCGCAGAGACCAUGUGCUACGCCUACAUGAAGCAGGAAGGCGUGGAAGUGCGAGUAGCAAGAAUCUUCAACACCUUUGGGCCACGCAUGCACAUGAAUGAUGGACGGGUGGUCAGCAACUUCAUCCUGCAGGCACUCCAAGGGGAACCACUCACGGUGUAUGGAUCUGGAUCUCAAACAAGGGCAUUCCAGUAUGUCAGUGACCUGGUGAAUGGCCUGGUGGCUCUCAUGAACAGCAACGUCAGCAGCCCUGUCAACCUGGGGAACCCAGAAGAACACACAAUCCUAGAAUUUGCUCAGUUAAUUAAAAACCUUGUUGGUAGUGGAAGUGAAAUUCAGUUUCUCUCUGAAGCCCAAGAUGACCCACAGAAAAGAAAACCAGACAUCAAAAAAGCAAAGCUGAUGCUGGGGUGGGAGCCUGUGGUCCCAUUGGAAGAAGGUUUAAAUAAAGCAAUUCAUUACUUCCGUAAAGAACUGGAGUACCAGGCAAAUAAUCAGUACAUCCCCAAACCAAAGCCUGCCAGAAUAAAAAAGGGCCGGACGCGCCACCACUGAGCCCUCGCUCUUAGGACACAAGACUCCCUGUUUUACAUUUGAUGAGAUGUAUUUUUUGGUUUUUUUUUUAAAAAAAAGACUUAAACAGGUGUCAUGAAGAACAAACUGGAAUUUCAUUCUGAAGCUUGCUUUAAAGACAUGGAUGUGCCUAAAGCUCCCCUCAAAACCUGCAGACUUUGCUUGCACUUUUUGAAUCUGUCUUUUUGUAAAAUAGCCUAGAUGCAUCUCUGCAUAUUUUCAAGUUUUUUAUCUUGCUGUGAGAGCGUAUGUUGUGACUGUCGUUGACAGUUUUAUUUACUGGUUUCUUUGUGAAGCUGAAAAGGAACAUUAAAUAAGAUGAAAAAAUCCUAAUUUUAUUUAUAAAGUAAAUAAAAUGAGAUGUUAUACUAUGCAUAAAGAAAACAAAAACCUAGCAGUAUUGUCAGGUGGGUGGUGCACUGGCAUUUAUUUUUGGACAGAUAAAAGAAUUCUGUUUCAGAGCUUUAUGUUUCUUUUUUAAUACAGAAUUUUUCCACAGUCUAGUUUUUAGUUGCAAACUUGACUUUGAGAUAUUUUCUGUUGGUUAUCAUGAUCAAGGAUAUUUGAAAUCACUACUGUGUUGUGCUGCAUAUUUGGGGGUGGGGGGACAAAAUUAAGGUAUUCUUGGUAAUUGUGGUUAAAUUGCUAUUUUAAUAAAAUAUUGAAAUUCA